AUAUAAUAUGAGUGAAAAAUUGAAUAUUCGAAAACGUAAGCAUAUUAUGUUUGUAUAUAUAGCGGGAAUUUAAAGAUGUAGAAGUUAUUUUAUCUGAAACGUGACUUUUGCUAUACCUACAAUAUGUUGGGCUGUUUUCCCCCAAAACGCAGAACGAUUCGUCUUCUUCCCUACACAUUUUGCUUCAGCAGAAAUCAAUCCGCCGCGGUUCUCUUUCUCGCCGGCGCUCGCGGAUUGUAAGGAAUAUUCAUGGAUAAAGUCAAUAGCCAGGGAAAUUACAAUUCCGAAGACAUGGAUUCAGGUGAAAUUGUGGUGUCUUCCAUUCGAGCAGGGAUGAAAAGGGAGUUUGCUUUAAUGAUGAAGGCACAAUCACAGCUGGGUGGGCUUUCAGCAAGCAGAAGGAGAGUGACCAGGUCCCAGAGUUCUGGUUGUUCCAGCAAAGGCGUGCAUGGUGAUGUUACGAUUAGUAAGAAAGCGAAAAGGUCUGAUUCAAUGAAAAUAAAAAAGGAUGCAGAAGAAACAUUGGGAAGGGAGGCUAUGAGGAAAUUGGAGCUAAUUGAUAUUUCAGAUGGAGAGGAAGGGGCAAAGGUGGAUGUGAUAGGUGUAGGCACUAAUGUGAGGGAUGAAUGUCGAAGUUUAGAGCCUGAGUUGGUUGCUGCUGUUGAUAGGAUCGAGGAAGAGAAAGAGGAAGAGGAAGUGGGGUCUGAUUUUAGGGAAUGCACCUUGCAGCCUUUGGUUAUGCAAUCACCAUUUCCUCAGGUUGAAUGUAGUGAUAGAGAUUUUAUUCAUGAAGAUGAUAGAACACUUGGAGGAGCUUCUUACUUAGGAUGUGAAAUAACUGGAGAGGCUACAAGCAGUUUGACAGAUAAGCCAUUGAGGAGAAUUACUCGCUCGGCUUUGAAGCUGCAGGAUGAGGAGAUGGAGUUAGGAUCAGGUGCAGGAGUGGUAGAGAAUGACAGUUCAUUGACUUUGACCACUAGUCCUUCAAAGUUAGAGCUGAAAAUGUCCAAGAAGGUGGAACUGAAAAGAGUUCCCAGGAAAUUAAAAGAUCUUCUGGAGACUGGGCUGUUGGAAGGCCUCCAUGUUCAGUAUGUUCAGGGAUCGAAGGGGAGGAGGCGACCAGAAUCUGAACUUCAAGGAACUAUUCAGGGAACUGGAAUAUUGUGUUCAUGUGACGAAUGCAAUGGAAGUAAGGUCGUCACUCCUAAUCAAUUUGAAUUGCAUGCACAUAGUGGAAACAAACGCCCUCCAGAAUAUAUCUAUUUGGAUAAUGGGAAGAGUCUCAGAGAUGUUCUGAACGCAUGCAAAGUCGAUCUAUCGAACUCACUGGAGUUUGUUAUCCAGAAUGCUAUUGGUCGUUCUGUUUAUAUUACUGCUUUUUGUAUCAGUUGCAAAGGAUUGAUUCCUGAAGCCGGUGCUGGCAGAUCAAUGCUUCUCUGCAAUUCAUGUUUCCAACCAGAGGAGUCUGAUCCCAGCCAUCCUCAGAUUAGUGAUACCACACAUAGGUCUCCAUUGGUUGAUUCAUCCCCUCCGGAUACAUCGAUUUGUCAGCCUGAAGUACAAGAAAGUGUUCAAAUUUCUACAAAUAGUCAACCUCGAAUGAAACGUCAAGGGAGGCUCACAAGGAAGGAUUUAAGAAUGCAUAAAUCGGUCUUGGCAGAAGAUGUGCUUCCUGAUGGCACGGCUUUGUCAUAUGUUAUGCAUGGAAAGAAAAAGCUUUCUGGUUAUAAGAAAGAUGGUGGUAUCUUCUGCAUCCACUGCAACGAAGUGGUGAGUCCCUCACAGUUUGAGAAUCAUGCUGGUUUCGCUUCCCGUCGAAAGCCGUACAUGAGUAUAUACACUUCCAAUGGAGUGUCUCUGCAUGAGCUAUCCCUUGAACUAUCUAAAACCCGUAAAUCAUCUACAGCAGAAAGCGAUGACCUCUGUUCUAUAUGCGAGGAUGGUGGAGAUUUGUUAUGCUGUGAAAAUUGUCCACGAGCUUUUCACAAUGAAUGUGUCGGUCUCCCAAGACUCCCGCAAGGAACAUGGUACUGCAAAUAUUGCCAGAACAUGUUCGAAAAGGAAAAGUUUGCGGAGUACAGUGCAAAUGCAAUUGCUGCUGGAAGAGUUCCUGGUGUUGAUCCACUGGCAGAAAUAACCCAACGAUGUAUUCGAAUUGUUGAGACUUUUGAAGCUGACAUAGGUGGAUGUGCCAUAUGCAGAGGUCACGAUUUCAGCAAGUCAGAGUUUAAUGGGCGCACAGUUAUUAUAUGUGAUCAGUGUGAGAAAGAAUACCAUGUCGGCUGUCUAAAGGAGAAAAAUAUUGACGAUUUACAGGCAUUACCUGAAGAGGAAUGGUUCUGUAAUAAACAGUGCAGCAGUAUUAACUCUGCCCUUCAGAAGUUGAUUGGCGAUGGUGAGCUUAGGCUUCCAGAAGCUAUUUCCACAAUUCUGAAAAACAAACGUGAUGGACAAGGUUCGGAGCAAAAUCCUGAGAUUGAUAUAAGAUGGAGACUGCUCAGCGGGAAAAAUGCCUCAGAAGAUACCAGGGUGUGGCUUUCUGGCGCUGUCAGUAUUUUUCACGACCGAUUUGAUCCUAUUGCCGAUGCUAGCACCAGCCGUCUUGACCUUAUUCCACACAUGGUUUACGGGCGGCACUUCAAAGACCAGGAUUUUUGUGGCAUGUAUUGUGCCAUACUGAUUGUCGACUCCGUGGUAGUAUCUGCCGGAAUGUUUCGGGUUUUUGGGGAGGAAGUUGCGGAGCUGCCGCUAGUCGCAACAAGGACUGAUAGUCAGGGGAAGGGGUACUUCCAGUCACUCUUCUUCUGUAUUGAGGACAUUUUAGCAUCCCUUAAUGUGAAAGACUUAGUACUUCCUGCUGCCGAUGAAGCAGAAUCUUUGUGGAAAAACAAAUUCGGGUUUGAAAAACUUAGCGAGGAAGAGUUAGAUGAAUACAAAAAGAGUUAUCAGAUGAUGAUCUUUCAAGGAACAUCUGUGCUGCAUAAACAGAUAAUAUCCAAGUCUUGAAAUACCAAACCUUCUCUAAAGCAAAGGUUAUACUUUUUCUUUUUGUUCAUAUGAUAGAUGUGAAAAUUUCAGGUACUUUUGGUAAGGUAGAAAUCCAGGCUGCAGGUCUGAUCCUUGCUAACGUAGGGGGAUGUCUGCAUUGUUAGGAUAUUUCGAUCAAUUUUGUCCAAGUCUGGAGAAAUUUUUUGUGUUCCUAUUUUUGAAAUGAAUUAUAGUUACUUCUAUCA